AUGCCUUUGGGAAAUGGAGCCGCCGGAGCACCGCGCAAACAUGGCGCCCCGCGGCUGCCGCUGCCGGGCUGGUGCCUGCUCUGCUCGCUGCUGUGCGGGGGGCUCGCCGCGACCCCGGCCCCCGCCUGCCGGCCCUGCGCCCCGGGCUGUGCCUGCGCCGCGCCCGCCUGCGCCCUCAACUGCUCGGCCCGCGUCGGGGAGAGCCCGGGGGCCGCCGUGCCCCCCGCCGCCACCGCGCUGAAUCUUUCCAAUAGCAGGAUCAGUGGUUUAGAUGUUGAGCUAUUCAGAAGCCUGACUUCUCUGGCAAAGCUAGAUAUAAGCCACAACCAGAUUUCUACAUUAGAAGAUGGAAUAUUUGAUAAUUUAUUUAAUUUAAGUGAAAUAAACUUAAGUUGGAAUCCAUUUGUUUGUGACUGCAAGCUGUCCUGGCUGCCCCGCUGGGUGGAAGACAGGAGAGUGAGAGUCCUUGAGGCAUCAGACACGAGAUGUGCCCACCCCCCCGAGGUGGCCAACCUGUCCCUGUUCGAUGUGCUGGUCCUCAAUGCCUCCUGUGGAGCUCAGUACAUCACGUGCCUGACAGGAAACGACACCGAAGAAGCUGAGCUUGUCAUCCUCUUCACGUCUGUGCACCCUGGGAACCUCACUGAGGAGACCUGCAGUGCCCUGUGUUACUCCCAGGACCAGGAGUACGGGGCUUUCAGCCCCCAGGGGCAGUGUCUGUGUGGAACUGCCCACGGAACGAACUCUUCCUCCGGCUGUUUGCCGUUUUGCACUGAGCAUGUGUCUGGGCAGGGCUGUGGUGGCCCCUCGCUCGUCCCCUCGCCCUUCCAGGCCCAGCUGCCUGUGUCUCUCACGGGCCUGCAGCCCCGCUACAGCCUGCAGCAGCCCGUGCUCCUCAAUGUCAGUAUUCCCAUCGCUGCCAGCACUUUACUGUGGGACUUUGGGGACCGCAGCGAGGUUCUCAACACCACUGCGCACUCGGCCGUGCACAGCUACGCCUUGCCCGGCCGCUACAACGUCACCGCCACGCUCCUGCUGGGCUCCAGGCUCCUGCAGGAGCAGGCAGAGGUGGAGGUGGUGGCUCCACCCCAGCAGCUGGAGCUGCUGUGUCCUUCCCUGGUGGUGGCCAACGAGAGCCUGGACAUCCGGAUCCGCAACAGAGGAGGCACGGGGCUGGCUGUGCUCUACGGGAUCACUGCGGGGCCUGGAGAGCUGGCGAGGGCAGUUCACCCCAUGUGCCCCCCUGAGGGGCUGGUUUUCCCGGGGAACAACCACUGCUACCAGCUGGUGGUGGAGAAGGCGGAGUGGCUGGAGGCGCAGCGGCACUGCCAGGAGCUGGGCAACGGGGACCUGGCCUUUGUCAGCAGCCCCGACAUCCAGAGCUUCCUGGUUGCUCAUGUCAUCAGGAGCCUGGAUGUCUGGAUCGGAUUCAAUGAUUUUGCAAGCCCUGGAGCGCAGCAGAGAGGGGAAGGAUUCAAUCUGGAGAGCUGUCAGAACUGGCUGCCUGGAGAGCCCCAUCCCUCCAACGCCGACCACUGCGUGCGCAUGGGCCCCACGGGCCAGUGCAACACCGACCUGUGCAUGGCCAAGCACAGCUAUGUCUGCGAGUACAAGCCACCAGGAGUUCUCCUCAACGCCGAGAACUUCUUUGAGGGGGACGCAGCGCUGGCGCCACGGGAGGCCCUGAGGAACGUGAGCGAGGCCGCGGCAGCAGAGCCGUGGCAGGCUGAGGAGGUGCUGGAGUUCCCAGAGCUGCCCUUCAGGCACCACGGCUUCCUCACUGCCCUGGAGUUCGCGGCGCAGGAGCUGCACCAGCCCGUCCAAGUGAGGUUCCAGCUGCACAGACUGCUGGAUGGAGAAGACUACCAGGAGGAAAACAAUGCCACAGAACCAUUCCCCAGUGCUCAGGAUGAUGGGAACUGGACCCUGCUGGAGUGUCCCCCUGGUUUCCAGUGGUGUCCUUUGACAGACCUGUGCUCAUCCCACAACAGCUGCUGCAAUGGGAGCGAGUGUGCCAACAGCUCCUUUGGCAGCAGCCCUGCCCCUGGGUCCCUGCAGCCCAACACCAGCCAGCCCAGCUAUGAGCUGCUCAAGGAGUUCCUCUUUAUGGUGCCAGCUGGGCCCUCUUCCCAGUACCAGGUCCCGUUCAGCAAUGAGAACAUCUUUGUCAGGCCUGGGGACGUUUUCAGCAUCCAGCACAGCGCCGCCCCGGGCUCGUUCCUGCAGUGCCAGCGCAGUGCCAGCUCCGUGGCCGGCAGGAACUCCUCGGGGUGGGCCCUGGGGCCGUCCCCCAGCCCCGUGGGUGCCCCCAGGGCCGGCAGCACGGCGUGCUCCGUGCGUGUGCGCUACGCCGAGGAGCAGCUGGUGCCGGUGCUGAGCCCCGGGAACGCGGGGCUGGAGCAGCCCGGGCACUACAGGCUCCGUGCCAGCGUGGACAACGGGCUCUUCCGUGCCAACCUGUCCUGCUCCUUCCGCGUGGCCUCGCGCGUGUCCGGCCUGCGCGUGCUGCACCCGGCCCCGCUGGGCUCCAGGGUGUACCUGCCCACCAACCACACCUGGCUGCUGCUCAGGCUGUCCUCGGGGACCAACGCCACGGCCAGCUGCCUGGGGGACGGCUGCAGCAGCGUGCCCUUCGUGGCCACCUGCCCCGCGGCCGUGGCCGCGCUCUGCGCCAGGGACAACAACGACACCUGGUUUGCUGUGCUGCAGCUGGGCGGCCUCGGCGAGGGCCUCAGCACCCACGUGCUGGUGGCAGAGAACGCCGUGAGCUCGCAGAACAUCACGGUCACCGUCAAGGUGGAGGAGCCCAUCCGCGGGCUGAGGGCCACCCCCGACCCCGAGAGCAGAGUGCUGCUGAACACGAGGGUGAGCUACAUCCCUGUGAUGGAGGCUGGCUCAGAUGUGACUUUCCGAUGGACAGUAGAUGAUAAGCCAUCUUUCACUUUUUACAAUGUUGUCUUCAACGUUAUCUACCAAAGCCCAGCUGUGUACAAGCUCUCGCUCACCGCCUCCAACCACGUCAGCAACUUCACAGUCAACUACAACGUGACGGUGGAGAUGAUGAACAGGAUGAGGAACCUGACGGUGGUGGGGGCCCUGCCCGUGGUGCCCCAGAACAGCAGCGUGGAGUUCAGCGCCCGCGUUCACGUGGACUCGGCUGUGGAGGCUCUGUUCCUGUGGGAUUUUGGAGAUGGUGUCCAGGAGACAUACCUGUUCAAACCUCCCUACAACAAGUCUUUCCUUGUUCCUGAUCCCAGUGUCCAUGAGGUUGUCAUUGAGCACAACGUUUCACACAUCUACCAAGACCCAGGAGAAUACGCCCUGAUGGUUGUUGUGUCCAACCAGUACGAGAACCUCACCCACCUGAGCGCAGUGCAGGUUCACAGCCCCCUGGUUGCCGUGCAGGUGGAGGCAGAGCAGGAUGUUCUGGUGGUGGGCCGGCCGGUCACCUUCCGAGCCACCGCCCUGCCGUCCCCGUACGGCGUGGUGUACACCUGGGACUUUGGGGACAGCUCCUCGCUGCUCACAGAGCCCCAGCCCACAGCCACCCACAGCUACCCCCGCCGAGGGGUCUACAACGUCACCGUGACAGCCAACAACACCGUGAGCAGCGUGGGCGCCGUGGAGUGCUACCAGGUGUUCGAGGAGAUAACGGGGCUGCGCGUUUCCGCUGACGAGGCUGCAGAGCAGGGGGCACCUGUCACCAUCAACGCCUCCGUGCACACUGGGGACAGCAUCACUUGGAUAUUCGACAUGGGCGACGGGACAGUGCUGAGGAGUCAGGUGCCAGUGGUGGAACAUGUGUACAUAAAGGACAUCAACUGCACCGUGAACGUGACAGCCGUGAAUCCUGUGAACUCCGUCUCCCAGGCGGUUCCUGUCCGGAUAUUUGUCCUGGAAAUACUCAAAAUAGAGCCUACUUCUUGCAUCCUGGAGCACCCCGACGUGCAGCUCACCGCCUACGUGACGGGGAAUCCUGAGGAGUACAUCUUUGACUGGACUUUUGGGGACGGCUCCUCCAAUGUCACGGUCAGCGGGGACCCUGUGGUGAUGCACAACUUCACCCGGAGCGGGACGUUCCCGCUCACCCUGACCCUCUCCAGCAGCUUUAACAAGGCUAACUACUUCACCAGCGUCUGUGUGGAGCCAGAGAUCCUCAACGUCACCCUCCUGCCCUCCAAACGCUUUGUGAGGCUCGGGGAAGAGACCUCCUUCCAGGUCAGUGCUGUGCCUCCCUACCAGUACCGCUACCGCUGGGAUUUCGGCAACAACGAGUCCACCAGGUCCAGUGGCACUGAGGUGACCUACACCUACAAGAACACAGGGGUCUUCCUGGUCACGGUGACCGUCUCCAACAAUGUCUCUUUCAACAAUGACACGGCCUUUGUGGAGGUCCAGGAGCCGGUUGGGGUAGCAAAGAUUGAGUAUAACGGGACCGAUGUUCUGGAGCUGAACCAGAUCUACCUGUUCUCUGCCAGCAUGAAUGGGACCAAAGUGAGUUACUGCUGGGACUUUGGGGAUGGCACUGUCCAGCCUGGGCAGGUGGCCACCCACUCCUACAACAGCACAGGGCACUACAGCAUCACAGUGAUGGGGCAGAAUGACGUGAGCUCCAACGAGACCACCAUUGAUGUCACGGUGAAGCGGCGGCUCUUUGGCCUGACCGUCAAUGCCAGCAGGACAGUGGUGCCACUGAAUGGCUCGGUGAGCUUUGUGGCCACCCUGGUGGCUGGCACUGCCAUCCGCUACUCGUGGAUCCUCUGUGACCGCUGUACUCCCAUCCAGGGCUCCUCCACCAUUUCCUACACCUUCCGCUCCGUGGGCACCUUCAACGUCAUUGUCACGGCCGAGAACAAGAUCAGCUCGCUGCAGGACAGCAUCUUUGUCUACGUCCUGGAGCAGAUUGAGGGCCUGCAGGUGGCCAGCACUGACCUGGUGGAGGACUUGUAUUUCCCAACCAACAAAACACUGCAUUUGCAGGCCGUGGUGAGAGAGGGCACAAACAUUUCCUACAGCUGGAUGGUCCAAAGGGAUGGCAGUGCUGUGCAGACCUUCACUGGGAAAACCUUCCUCUUGAGCAUCCUGGAAGCUGGGAACUACACUGUCUACCUGAAGGCCACCAACAUGCUGGGCUGUGCCACUGCUAACAGGACACUGGAGUUCAUUGAAAGCCUUGGUGUCCUAAAGCCCUAUGCCUUCCCCAACCCAGCUGCUGUUAAUGCCUCUGUGAACAUCAGUGCCACCAUAACCAGUGGCACUGGCGUCAUGUACGUGUGGUACCUGGAGGAUGGCUCCUCUCCUGUCACCUCUGAACCCUUUAUUAUACACUCCUUCCAAAGCCCUGGGAUGAUUGAGGUCAUUGUGGGAGCAGAAAACAAGCUGAAUUCAACCAAUGCCACUGUUUCUGUGUGUGUGGAGGAGGCCAUCGAGGGGCUGAGUAUAGGGACAGCAGAGCUGGACUGUAGGUAUGUCUCCUCAGGCUCCACGGUGGUGUUUGAGGGGGAGCUGCAGAGGGGCACUGAAGUGACCUGGCUGUGGGAGGUGCCAAAUGGCACACUGAGUGGCCAGUCCGUGGCAGUCACCUUCCCCACGGCGGGGUGGUACACGGUCCACCUGAACGCCUCCAACGACAUCAGCUGGGCUCUGGCCAGCAGGAACAUCUCCGUGCUGGACAGGAUUCAAGGUCUGGAAGUCGUCGCCAGCAAGAAGGUGGUGGAGCCAGGAGAGCAGGUCACCUUUGAGAUCAGGAUGCUGUCAGGUACCUCUGUGAACUACCUGGUGAGCAUUAGUGGGGACUACUCCGUGGUGCUCAACAGCUCCAGGUACAGCCACGAGUUCACCAAGAGCGGCGAUUACCUGGUGACCGUGACCGUGCAGAACCAGAUCAGCAUCGCCCACGCCCAGGUGCUCAUCUCUGUCCUGGAGCCCAUCCAGGGCGUCAGGCUGCUGAACUGCUGCGAGGAGGGCAUUGCCACGGGCACGGAGAAGAGCUUCAGUGCCCGCGUGGGCAGCGGCUCCCGCGUGUCCUUCUCCUGGCAGUUCUGCCUGUGGAAGGAGCGAGGCCGCUCCGUGGUUGCUGCGUCAGGAGACAGAGUGUCCUAUGCUCCAGAAGCUGCAGGGCUGCUGGAGAUCCACCUCACUGCCUUCAACGAUCUGGGAAGUGUCAACAUCACCAGAACCAUCCAGGUGCAGGACCCCAUAGUGCAGGUGUCCCUCAGUGCCACCAAUGCCUUUGUCAACAGGACGGCGCUGUUUGAAGCCGUGGUGCUGCCCAGCAGCAGGAGCGUUGAGUUCUUGUGGAGCUUUGGGGAUGGCUCUUCCACUCAAACCACCAGGGUUGCAGUGGCCAACUAUUCCUACCUGAGCCCCGGGGAUUACCUGGUGGAGGUGAAUGCCACCAAUCUCAUCAGCUUCUUCAUAGCCCAGCUCACUGUCACCGUCAAAGUCCUGGAGUGCGAGGAGCCCGAGGUGGAGCUGGCCCUGCCACCACAGGUGGUUAUGAAGAGAUCCCAGAGGAACUACCUGGAGGCACAGAUUGACCUCCGAGGGUGCUUCAAGUACCAGACAGAGCACCUGUGGGAGAUCUACCGAGCGCCCAGCUGCAUGAACCUGGAUGACUCCAGCAGGAUCCGGCUGCCCAACGUCGACGUGAACAGGCCCCAGCUGGUCAUCCCAAAGCUCGGCCUGGAAGUUGGGAACUACUGCUUCAUGUUUAUUGUCUCCUUUGGAGACACCCCGCUGUCCAAAAGCAUCUUUGCCAACGUGACUGUGAUCCCGAGCAAGCUGGUCCCAAUCAUUGAUGGGGGCUCGUACCGUGUAUGGUCCAACACCCAGGACUUAAUCCUGGAUGGGGAGAAAUCCUAUGACCCGAACCUGGAUGAUGGGGAACAGACCCCCUUGUUGUAUGAAUGGUCCUGCACAUCCUCCUCCAAGAGCUCGGCUGCAGGGUGCUCUCUGAAUUUCAGUGCCAAGGAAGGAAUUGUCACAAUUUCCAAAGCUCUAUUAGAGGCAGAUGUGGAGUACACGUUCGACCUCACCGUCAGGAAGGAAGGGAUGAGUCCCGAGGCCACCAACCAAACCGUGUUCAUCAAGAGGGGAGGAGUCCCCAUUGUGUCCCUGGAGUGCGUUUCCUGCAAGGCUCAGUCUGUCUACGAGGUCAGCAAGAGCUCCUACGUGUACCUGGAGGGCACCUGCCAGAACUGUCACAACGACUCCAAGCUUGGGAGGUGGGCAGCUCACAGCUUCAAGAACAAGUCCCUCAUCCUGGACAGAACAACCACGUCCACCGGCGACACGGGCAUGAAUCUGGUGCUGAGGCCAGGAGCCCUGCGGGACGGCGAGGGCUACACCUUCACCCUGCACAUCACAGACCUCACCACGGGGGAGGAGGGCUUCGCCUCCAUCGACCUGCUGCCCAACCAGCCCCCCGUGGGGGGCUCCUGCCGCCUGUCCCCCGAGGGGCCCCUGCGGGCGCUGGAGACCAAGGUGCACUUCGAGUGUGCAGGCUGGCGGGACACGGAGGACGCGCAGGCCCCGCUGGUGUUCACGCUGCUGGCAUCGCGCCGCCGGCCCGGGCACUGGCAGGAGCUGUGCGUGUACAAGGGCAGCCGCGCCGAGCACGGCGCCUUCCUGCCCCCCGGCUUCCACGAGAGCGGCUUCCAGGUGUCCGUGGCCGUGCUGGUGCAGGACCAGCUGGGAGCCACCGUGGUGGCCGUCAACCGCUCCAUGGAAAUCGGCCUCCCCGAGGGCUUCCCCAGCCUCUCCCACUGGCUCUACAACCAGACUGACACCGUGCUCCAGGGCUUGGUGAAACAAGGGGACCCUCAGCAGGUCAUCGAGUACUCCCUGGCCCUCAUCACCAUCUUAAAUGAGUACGAGCGGUCGGAGCUGCUGGAGCCCGAGGCUGGGCAGGAGCUGGAGCUGCGCACCUGGACCCGCAACACCAUCACGGAGACGCUCAACGCGCUCAAGGUCAACACGGUGGAUGACAUCCAGCAGAUCUCAGCUGCCCUGGCCCAGUGCACGGUGGUGAGCAAGGAGCUGGUGUGCAAGUCGUGCCUGACAAGGACCCUGAACAAGCUGGAGACCAUGAUGACCAUUCUGCAGGGGGAGACCACGCAGGGCACGGUGACCCCGACCGGCAUCGCCGACAACAUCCUCAACAUCACAGGUGACCUGAUCCACCUUGUCAAUACAGUUUCACAAGAAUCCAAGCCCCAGGAGCUGCUGGCUGAUUCUCACAAUUUGCUGCUGGCUCCCAAAGCCUACAACCUGUCCUCCAGCCUGAUGCGGAUCCUGAUGAAAUCCCGGGUGCUGAACGAAGAGCCCCUCGAGCUGGUGGGAGGAGAAAUUAAGGCCACAGGCAAGAGGUCUGACCCCUUUAACCUGCUGUGCUACGAAAACACACCAAACUGCCAGUUCUCCAUCCCCCAGGCCUUCAACUCCACCCUUUCCAACCUGACGGAUGUCAUCCAAGUCAUGUUCCAGGUGGACUCCAAUCCCUUCCCCUUUGGCUACAUCAGCAACUACACCGUGUCCACCAAGGUGGCCUCCAUGGAGUUCCAGACACACAACGGGGUGCAGAUCCCCAUCGGGAGCCUGGACUCUGAGAAAGCCAUCACUGUGAUGGUCUCAAACAGCACAGAGCCCGACAAUCUCGUGGCUGGCACUGAGGUCAUCGAGGCGAGAUCGUCCGUGAACCUGAUUGUGAUCAUGGAGAGCAACAACAGGGAAGCAGGACUGCACUUUCAGCUCACCUACAGAGUCCUCAAUGAGCAUUACCUGGCCAGUGAGCCCGAGCCCUUCAUCAUGGCCUAUCUCCAUCACGAGCCCGAGCCCAACGAGCACAACUGCUCUGCCUCCAAGAGAAUCAGCCUGGACGCCCUGGCUGGAAGUGACCACAAGCUCUACACCUUCUUCACCUCACCCAGAACGGAUGACCCCAUCCAGAAAUACUACCUGAACAUCACCAACCACUUCAGCUGGUCGGCAGUGGAGGUGACCCUGGGGCUGUACACGUCCCUGUGCCAGUACUUCAGCGAGCAGGAGAAGCGCUGGAAGACAGAAGGAAUUGUCCCCCUGGAGGAGACCAGGCCAGACCAGGCCGUGUGCUUGACCCAGCACCUCACAGCCUUCGGGGCCAGCCUGUUUGUGCCCCCAAACUCUGUCCAGUUCAUCUUUCCCGCUCCAGGCCCGGGGCUGAACUACAUCGUGCUGCUGACGUGCGCCGUGUGCUUUGUCACCUACUCGGUGGCCGCGCUGAUCGUGCACAAGCUGGACAUGAUCGACCUGCACCGCGUGGGGGUGAUCCCCUUCUGCGGCAAGAACGGGAUGUACAAAUACGAGAUCCUGGUGAAAACGGGCUGGGGCAGAGGCUCAGGUACCACGGCCCACGUGGGCAUCGCCCUCUACGGGGUGGACAACAAGAGUGGGCACAGACACCUGGAUGGGGACAAUGCCUUCCACCGCAACAGCCUGGACGUGUUCCAGAUCGCCACGGAGCGCAGCCUGGGCAGCGUCUGCCGCAUCCGCAUCUGGCACGACAACAAAGGCCUGAGCCCCUCGUGGUACCUGCAGCACGUCAUCGUGCGGGACCUGCAGAGCAGCAAGAGCUAUUUCUUCUUGGUGAACGACUGGCUGUCAGUGGAGAGCGAGGACAACGAUGGCCUGGUGGAGAGGGAGGUGUUUGCUGCCAGUGAGAGCGAGCUGAGGAGCUUCUGGCGGAUCUUCGUGGCGGAGCUGCAGCGUGGCUUCUUUGAGAAGCACGUGUGGCUGUCCCUGUGGGACCGCCCGCCCCGCUCCCGCUUCACCCGCGUCCAGAGGGCCACCUGCUGCUGCCUCCUCAUCUUCCUCUUCCUCUGCGCCAACGCCGUGUGGUACGGCGUGGUGGGCAGCGUCCACUUCAGCAACGUGGCCGUGUCCAGCCUGCUCCCUGUCAGCGUGGACACGGUGGCUGUGGGCCUGGUGUCCAGCGUGGUGGUGUACCCUCUCUAUCUGCUCAUUCUCUUUCUGUUCCGGAUGGCUCGUGGCAAGGUCUCCAUCAGCCACACCGUGACCCACUCAGACCAGCAGUCCCUGGAGAUCGACAACUACCUGGACUCCUCAAUCCUUGACAGCUCCUUCCCCACCUUCCCCGGGCUCCAGGCAGAGGCCUUCUCUGAGCAAACCAAAACAGAUCUGUUCCUGGAGGACUCCAAGAGCCUGGUGCCCUGGCCCUCCAGCGAGGCCCUGCUCAGCUGGCCAGACCUGCUGAGUGACCCCUCCAUCAUGGGCAACACCAUCCAGAGGCUGAAGAGAGGCCGGGCCAGCCGCCACCUGGGGCUGGAGGCGCCCCUGGCCCCCGAGGAGGACACCCUGUCCCUGGGCAUCCACCACCAGGGCCAGCCCCGCUACUUCUCAGCCUCAGAUGAGGAUCUGAUCCGGCAGAUCCUGGCAGAAGGAGCCAGCGGCAUCUCCCAGGACCUGGGGCCGUACAUGAGGGCAGAAACAGAUCUGAUCUCAGGCCUGUCCAGCGUGUUUGGGGAGAAGGUGGAGGCUGUCAUGAUGCAGAGGCUGAACGACAAAGGGCAGAGCGUGGCACCUCCUGCCAGGGAAGUGAGCAGAUCAGCCAAGUCCACCUGGACAGUUGCAGAGCAGACGUUCAGGAAGCGCCUGCUCCCUCCCUGGUGCUCCCUGCUGGCUCAUGGCAUCAGCCUCCUGCUCCUGGCCGCCGCCGCGGGCGUCUCCGUGUGGAUCGGGGUGGGCUUCUCCUCCAGCGUGGCCCUCAUGUGGCUCAUCUCAGGGAUAUUCAGCUUUCUGGCAUCGUUCCUGCUCUGGGAGCCCCUGAAGGUGCUGCUGGAAGCCCUCUAUUUCUCCCUGGUUGCCAAGAGGCUGCACCCAGAGGAGGAUGACACCUUGGUGGAGCAGCCCUGCGUGGAGCACGUGUCCGAGAGGAUCAGCAAGGUCCGGCCCCCGCAGGGAUUUGCCCUCUUCCAGGCCAAGGAGGAGGCCAGGAAGGUCAAGCUGCUGCACAGGAUGCUCAAGAAUUUCCUCAUCUACAUGAUGUUCUUGCUGGUGGUCCUGCUCACCAACUACGGGGACGCCUCCCGCACCAGCCGGGCCUUCCUCCUGCAGAGCUCCAUCAAGCAGCAGCUGGGCAGCAACGACUUCCUGCUCAUCAAGAGGUCGGAUCAGUUCUGGGUGUGGAUGUCCCAGGUGUUCCUCCCUUACCUGUACAACAAUGGCUCUGGCCAGGAGAGCCACAGCACCACGCUGGGGACGGCCCGGCUGCGGCAGCUGCGCCUGCACGGAGCUGAGUGCCAGCAGAGUGCCCAGGACAUCCUGCAGGGCAUGGGCAGUGCCCAGAGGAGCUGCACUGACCAGCACAGCUUUGCCACUGCUGACUAUGGCGUGGGCUGGGAGAGCCCAGCCGGGAACGGGACGGCAGCGUGGGCACACUCAGCGCCCGACCUGGCAGGGAUCUGGUACUGGGGCUACAUCUCCUUCUACGACAGCAGUGGCUACGUGCAGGAGCUGGGCCCUUCCCUGGAGGAGAGCCGGGCUCAGCUGGAGUUCCUGCAGCAGCACACGUGGAUCGACAACAUGAGCCGGGCAGUGUUUGUGGAGCUGCUGCAGUACAACCCCAGCGUGGACCUGCACGUGGCCCUGACGCUGCGCCUGGAGUUCCCUGGGGCCGGCCAGGCCAUCGCCGCUGUCACCAUCAGCCCCUUCCCCCUGCUGCGCCUCAGCACGGGGGUCACCCUGCAGCUGCUCAUGAUGGUGUUCCUCAUGCUGUUUGUGGUUUACUUCGUGGUGUCAGAGUGUCUGGCCAUCAAGAAGGAAGGCAGAGCCUACUUCACCCUGUGGGGCAACUACAGCCAGUGGCUCUUCAUCCUGCUCACCACGUGCACGGUGCUGGUGCACCUCAGCCAGGCCACCCUGGCUGACCAGCAGUGGCUCAGGUACCUCAGCAACCGCAGGGGCUUCACCAACUUCUACCAGGUGGCCUUCCUCAGCUCUGUCUUCAGCAGCCUGGCCGCGUCCCUCCUCUUCCUCCUGACCGUGCAGGCUGCCCAGCAGCUGCGCUUUGUCCGGCAGUGGUCAGUGUUUGGGAAGACCUUCCAGAAGUCCGUGAAGGAGCUGAUGGCUGCAGGGGUGGCCUUCGCCCUCCUCCUCCUGGCCUACGCCCAGCUCGGCUUCCUGCUCUUCUCCUCCUCCUCCGAGUCCUUCCGCAGCGUGGGCAGCAGCCUCCUGCUGCUGCUGGCCCUGCUGAGGGGCAGCGCCAGCCUGCGGCCCUGCCUGCCCGAGGCCUCGGGGCUCUACUGCCUCUUCUGCACCUCCUACGUGGUGCUGGAGGCGUGGGUCGUGCUGCGGCUGCUGGCGGUGGUGCUGAUCCACAGCUACCGCGAGAUGCACUUCGAGCUCUACCGGCCCGCCUUCGAGCCCCAGGACUAUGAGAUGGUCGAGCUGUUCAUGCGCAGGCUCAAGAUGUGGAUGGGCUUCAGCAAAGCCAAGGAGUUCCGGCACAAGGUGAGGUUCGAGGGGAUGGAGCCGCUGCCCUCGCGAGACUCCAGCGACUCCAAGUCCUUCCGUGGCCCCACUCCCAGCGCCGCCUCCGACAGCUCCAGGACCUCCACGUCCUCCAGCCAGCUGGACGGGCUGAGCCUGGUGCUGAGCGCCCGCGACAGCCUGGAGGUGGACGCCGACAUCCAGCGGCUCCUCUCGCUCUUCGAGAUGCUGCUGGUGCAGUUCGACCGCGUCAACCAGGUGACGGAGGACGUGUCCCGCAUCGAGCACCUGCUCGAGUUCUCCCGCAGCCGCCGCGCCCGCAGGAGGCACCGCGGGCCCGAGGGGGGCCCGGAGCAGGGCCCGUCCCCGGAGGCGCCGGGCACGGAGCCGCUGUCGCCGCGCUGUGGCGGGGCCGUGCCCGUGCCUGUGCCCGUGCCCGGGCGGCUGCUGCGGGCCAGCCGCGGGGUCAGCGCGGCCGCGGGCACGGCGGGCAAGCCCUGCACGGCCAGGAGGAAACGGCCCCUGCGGGCCAAGAACCGGGUGCACCCCACGGUCAAGUAA